UGAAAAUAUACAGAAGCCAUAUUAUGUCGGGUGAACCCGGUCUGAACCGGGUUUCUCCUAUGCUCGGGCUAUCACCACCUUCAACGGGUACUUUCAGUUCCGUCGGUGAUGCAGAAUCGAACCAUUUCAAGAAUCAAAUCCAAAACCAAAUCAUGCAAGUUCAAAGAUGGCUUAAAGAACUACAGAACAACCAGGCUUUGGAAAAGACGAACACGGUGUCCUUUGCCCAAACUAAAGCUAUGGAGAAAACACUUGCAAAUUUACAGAAAAUUGUUGCAGCGCAAGCCGACACAAAUAAAAAAUUACAAGAAGAAGCAACAGAUAAAAAUGCAACAACACAGACACUCUUUGAGGCUAUGGGAGUGGAUCUCGCUGCCGUGAAAACAACCGCAGAGAAUUUAAUGAGACAAGUAGAAGAACAUGAACGUUCUGAAGGAGGUGGAGGUGCAAGUGCGAAUAUCAGUUUGCCAGACAACAUGAAUGAAACGUUCGAAGCGUUGAAAAGACAAUUAGGAACAUAUGUUGUCAAGCUUGAAGAGAUGGAUUUACGUUUUCAGCCGGAUGAACCAGGCUCGAGCCGUGUUUCUUCUAUGCCCGGGCCAUCACCACCUUCAUUGGGUACUUUCAGUUCCGUAGGCGUUGCAGAAUUGGAACAUUUCAAGAAUCAAAUGCAAUCGCAAAUCAUGCAAGUUCAAAGAUGGCUGAAAGAACUCCAGAACAACCAGGCUUUGGAAAAGGCAAAGACGGUGUCCUUUGCACAAACCCUUAAUCUAUCAAAGAACCAAGCUAAAGCUAUGGAGACAAGACUUGCAAAUUUACAGGCAAGACUUAAAUUAUGA